GUUAGGCCUAGUGAAUGUAUGUUGGACAAUUUGUAAAUUGUUCGGAAACACAGUACACAUUGUAAACGUUAGGUCUAAUCAUGACAAGGUGGCAUCUGGCUAAAUGGUCCAGAAAUGUGCUACACAUUGGGAGUAUUAACCCUGACAAGGCGCCAUCGGGUGCUUUGAUCUUUCGUGUGAUACUCUUAUGGGUCUUACGUGUAUGAAAGGUACAACAUAAAGGUGCAUAAUGAACCGAAGGAACAGAAACAAAUCGCACUCUGAUCGUGGCAAACCAACAUUUAAGGCCACAGCCAAAGCUAAGGCAUUUUCGCCUAGGAAAACCAGAUUAUCAAAGAAUGACAAAAAGAAACUUGUUGAGGCUGUUAAAGUAGAAGUUGCAGAAAGCUCAAAGUCAAAGCCUAAGGAAAAGAAACGCGGGAAUGCAACUACUCAGAAUACAAUGAAUUUGAGGUUAACAGAACAUGGAGCUGGAAUAACGGAGUAUAUCAGCAAACACGAAGGUUUUAGUGCAAUUAUCAAACAACGGUACUCAGAUUUUCAUGUUAAUGAAAUUGAUUGUGAUGGAAAUGUUGUGACAUUGACUACCUUAGAGGCACCAGAGGCUCCAGUUGCUGCAGCAGCAGAGACAAAGGAAGACAUAGAUGAUUAUCUUAAAACAACACUUUCUGAAGAGCAAUAUAAAACAUUGAUGGAAAUCGUUGACUCUAAUGGUGAGGAAGUUGAAAUUGAGGCCACUGACAUGAGCAAAGAAGACAGGCGCAAGUUGCACACUGCCAUAGUAAAAUCUGGAAAAUCUCGUUUGAUUAGCAACACUGUUGAUAAGGAUGGCAAAAAGUACAUUGUUGUUAAGAGAUCCAGUAAGGCAGGAAAGCAGGAGAGGCGUUCUGUGCCGUGGCCAGCAGAUAGAGGUGGGGAGUAUGUGUACUUUAUUCUACACAAAGAAAAUAUGGACACCAUGGAAACUGUUAACCUCAUUGCAAGUAGACUAAGAGUGAAACCAAAUUUGAUAACAUAUGCAGGAAUGAAGGAUCGCCGUGCCAAAACAAGUCAACUGAUGUGUGUUUGGAAAGUGGAACCUCAACGAUUGGUGAAUGUUAGUCGAAGCCUGCGAGGUGUUGAGAUGGGUAAUUACAGUUUUCAUCAGCGGCCACUACGACUUGGUGAUUUGCGUGGUAAUCGCUUUCGCAUUGUUCUCAGAAAUGUGACAGGAUCAGACAAACAGAUUGAAGAUGGCUUAACAUCACUAAAGACAAAAGGUUUCUUGAAUUAUUAUGGACUUCAGAGAUUCGGGAGCUCUUUGGCUGUUCCAACACAUGAAAUUGGGAAAGCUCUGCUAUUGGGUAACUGGCAGAAGGCAGUGGAACUCAUCCUGAAACCAAGAGAUGGUGAGCCACUACGUUUUUUAGCUGAAGCUCGUAAAGUUUGGUGGGAGACAAGGGAUCCAGCUAAGGCGAUAAAAAUUCUACGCAAUAAGGACAAGAUGAUCGAAGGGAAAUUGCUUCUUGGACUCAGCCGUCAUGGACCUAAGAACUAUUUAAAUGCUUUGGAUAAUAUACCUCGCGGUACACGUCUUAUGUACCUGCAUUCGUAUCAGAGCCUCAUAUGGAACAAAGUUGUGUCAAGGCGCAUGCAGAAGUUUGGUUUACAGCCUAUAGCAGGUGACCUGGUGCUUCAGGGUGAAGAGAGAGCAGAACCAGUUGAAUUACUAGAAGUUGGUGACCAUGAUGCUACAGCUACUCAGCAAACAAGUGAUACUGCUGAUGACAAUGCGAGCAACAGACAGAAACCCUCUGUGCGAAUACUUUCAGAAAGUGAUGUGAAAGACUUCACAAUUUAUGAUAUUGUUUUACCACUACCUGGCCAUGAUGUAGUAUACCCACAGAAUGAAACAAAAGAAUGGUUUGAAGAACUUCUCCAAGCAGAUGGGCUGUCACCUGCCAAAUUGAAACAGAGUGUGAGAGCUUAUUCCGUGGGAGGUGCUUACAGACACAUUGCAGUUCGUCCUACAAAUGUGAGCUGGAAAAUAAUGCAUUAUUCAGAUCCACAAACUACUCUGGUGCUUUCUGAUCUUGAGGAAAUGCAGAAAGUUAUGCCACCAGAAGAUGAAAAAGAUGGAGUUUAUAAAGCCCUCAUUUUGGACUUCUGUCUACCAUCUUCUACGUAUGCUACAAUGGCAGUCCGUGAAGUACUGAAAUCAGACACAUCAUGCUACAGUCAGGCAUUGCUGAAUGAUUACCAUGUACCCACAGGCCCAAAUGGGACUCCCAAAAGGCGAUUGUCAUCUGCAGAAAACGGAGAUUCAGCAUCUUCCUCUGUGAGUGAAGAUGUGAAGACGGAACCACAAGAUCAAGUAACAUCUACAAAGCAUCAAGUGUCAUCUAUAUGUACAAGGGCUACGAAAAGGGAGAAGAAGACUACGGAUUCAGAUGAGCAGAUGGAAAUUGAAAGCAAGCCAGGAGGGGAAACACCAGAACCUUCUGCUUCGGAGAUAGAAGAGAAGGACGAACCAUCUUCAGAGGUAACAACAGAAACUGCAGCGGUUUUGCCUCUACACCCAACACUACAUUCUGAAGAGAUCAUUCCUAUGGAUGUUGAUAAAAAUGUGCAGUCAGUAACACCAAGUGAAUAUGGCAUAAUUUCCAAAUCUAGUUUGACAGAAAAGUCAGCAUUAGAUAUAGAAGUAGCAGUCAUUAAGAUAGAGGAUGCUGUACAGUGUGAACCAAAUACGACAAAUGUGGUUCCUCAGGCAUCCAAUACUGUCAGUGCUAGACAGGAGCAGCUGCAUGCGGCAACAGAUGCUGCUGCAAAUCUGUCAGCAUCAGCAGAAACCAAACUAGGACUUGCCAGAGAGUUGUCAGAUGAUAUGGGGAAGAAAGAAGUAUCAUCGAAAUUUGUGGAUGUUUUCCCACAGUCAGUACAAAACACAACAGUGUUACCACCAGAAAAGAUGAGUCAAGCAAUUACAUCUACAAAGGAUAAAGUGCCAGAUCAACAAAAUGCGACAAGAAUAAGUCCUCUCACAGCCAGUGCCACCAUUAUAGAUGAAGGAAAGUUCCCUAAAGACACAGUUGCUGUGCCAUUGCCAUCAGAUGAUGUCGAAAUGUCAAAACCGAACAUUAAUCCAGUAGACAAUUCCUUAGAACCAUCAGAUGGUUCUCCAUGUAACAUACGAAAGACACUAAAACAUGAAACAGAAACUUCCAGUGUGAGGGUGUGUCUUCAAACUGACAGCUCAAAACAUGUAUCAUCUUCAGACAGAAUGGAUACAAAUUUGGAAACAGUGCAUGUAGUUUUAAGUACAUCAGAAAUAGCACCAAUGAGCCCAGUUACGACAGUCGCAUCCAGUAAAACUGAAGAAAUUAAAGCACUGGAAGAACUAAAGGCUCAAGGUGUGGUACCUCAUGAAAAAACUACUGCAGAGAUAGCUGCAUCAUCAGCUAUAACAGAAAAUAAAGGAACUUUGCCAGCAGAAGAUCAUUGGGGCAAGAAAGAGUUACUUGGAGACAGAAAGCCUGCAGUUAGCUCUGAUAAACCUGUAAAUGAAAAAACAGAAUGUAAAAAUACUCUCAUGGCUACCUCAGUAAGUGUAAAAGCCACUUUGAGCCCAUCAGAGUCUGAUGAAGUAUGUGAAGAAACAAGUCAAGUCACCAUUGAAGGCACCAUAAUUUCAGAUGGUGCGGUUAGUACUCCAUAUGCAAGAACAGAUUCUGAAGUUGGGCAUGAGAAUGUAGAACAGGUAAAGCGAACAGGAGAAAUUGUCCUUGAAAAGGGCAACAAAGCAGGCUCUGAAUCCUUGCCUAAAAUGGGUGUUCAUCAAACUCACAGUAGACCAGAGCCAUUAACCCAGCCAGAAAGUGCACUUUCAGUUGCCCCUAAUGUUACAAAAAAUUUGACAAUUGCAAAAACAGAAGUAGAGGAACUUCAGAUGCCAGAAGUUGCAUUUUGUUCAGAUAAAUUAUCAGGUGCAAGUGAAGUGGGAACAGACAAAAUGCCCUCAAGUAUUAACACACACACAUCUAAAGCAGCUGAGUUGUCCAAAGAAACAACUAAUGAGACAGGAACAGCCAUGCUGGAUUUGAAGGAAUUGGCACAUUCACAGGCAGAUGAGACUCUAGUGCCAGAGAGGACAUUUGUAUCUGAUGAUGAAGCUGAAGUCAAGUCUGAAGAACCUAAAUUGUGCACAGUAAGUGAAAAUAAUCUGACAACUUCACAGACAGUAACAGAAACACUUGAAGUGACGAAAUCAUCAGAAACUGCUCAAUCCAUGAAAGCACUGACAAAACCAUCAAACAAAUCUACUGUAGUCUCAUCACAUUCUGAAGCAGAAACGUCAGUUGUAGAUGCCAAGUCUAAAGUAGUUACAUCAACAGUAGAGAUUGUUUCUGAAAAACUUGAAAGUAUGGUGCCUCCACUAAAUCAGUUUACAGGUGAGCAGCUAGCAAUGGCUUCUGAAGGUACAGAACAGGAAAUGAAAACUACGGGACUCCAGAUUCCUCGAGGAACGACUGAGGUUCCUGGUGUACCAGGCUUGGACAUAACUGCUCAUGCUGUAUUAAGUUCACAAAUGUCUCAAAAUAUGAUGCUGAAAUUGGAAAAAGACCAGAAAGAAACUGAAACUCCAGUUUCUGAAACAGAAAUUCUUCAGCAAGUCGACCGGUGUUUGGAAACUAAGGAACCAUCAAACAUGUGUGUAGAUAAGAAUGAGUUAGAAACUACAUCAUCAAAAGCUCUGAAAACUACUGUUGAACCAAAUAAGUUGUCAGGCAUAGAAAUGCCAUUAGGAAGGACAUCAUUGACUGCAGAUGUGCAGGAAAUUGAAGCACCACAUACUCCAGCAGUUAAAUCUGAGGAAAGUGUUGCACAUGCCUCGGAUCAGCUCUCAGAACAACAAGAUUGUGGGGGCAAAAGAAAAUUAUCUCAAGAAAGACCUUCUGAACAAGCGGUAAAAUCUGAGGUAACAAAGCAGACUGUUACUGAUGUGCCUUCAGUGUUAGAUUGUGAGAUACCUGCAAAGAUGAUUGAAUGUGUUCAUGCAGAAACAUCUUCAAACAAAGAGCAAGGUCAAAAUGCACAAAAGACAUUGGUUGCUCCUGAAUUGGGCUCAUCUUCUGUCCAUGAAUCAUCAGAAAUAGUGAAAGAUUCUGUGACACCAUUGGACUCAAGUUGUGCAAUGCCUGAAGAAGUAGAAACAGCAUUUACAUCAGAAUCAGAAACUUCAACAAGAUCCAAACUGGUGGCAACUAUAGAAAUGGAAGAAGAGAGACAAAUGAUUGUAGUAAAGAUAAAUAAAUCAGGUGAAGUAGAGCAGUCCUUAAAGGGGAAUGAUACACAGAGUGUAAAAGUAUCAUGUGUGGAAUCUGAGAAAAGGUUAGCUUCACAGCAAGCUAUAUUAGAAAAGACAGAAAAAUCAUUACAGUCUUGUGAGGUGCCAACAUCUACAGGUUUAAUAAGUGAAGAAUUAUUUGUAAGAAAAACAGCUGAUGAUACAUCUGAAUUGUCUGGCAAAGCCUCAGUUAAUCAGGGCAGUGUAAGUAUUUCAAUUUCACCAAGGUCUUCCGAUGAAACGAGUUUGUUUGAAAAGGUGGCUACAAAAGAAAUUGGAAGUGAUGGUAUCAGUGCUAGUCAAAAUUCUCUUACAGCUAAGAAUAAAGUUUCUGUGGAUUGCAGUACAUCAGAAUUUGUUCCUGAGAAAACUAAUUCAGAAACUGCUGAAACUGAGACAGCAGGUGAAAUUUUGCUUCAAUCAAGUGACCUAAUUAAAACAUCAGAACAUCAUUUUAUGAAGGAGAAAACUAAUGAGGAAGCUGUUGAAUUGUGUGCAGCAAGUAAAAAAUUUAAAGGGACAGAAUUAUGCUUAGCCCAGGAAGAUGUGCCCGAUUGUGACAAAAAGGUGGAUCAAAAGUUGGCAAAACAAGAUAAAAUACAGGAUACCCCAACAAAUGUUGACUCUGUAUUACUAUCUACAUCUCUUCAGUCUUCUGUUGAAGAAAAAGUAAUUGAAAAUUCUGAAAGUAGUUUAGGCACAGCUGGCAAUCAUCUUAGUCAGUCUGCCGCAUCAGAGGAGUCAAAACCUGAUGUAAAAUGUGUCAGCAGUGAGGAUGAUGGUAAUUCAUGUGAAAAGGAAGAUACAGAAAAAAAUCAGACACAUUCACCAACUUCAGAUCCAUUGGCAAAGGAAAAUGAAAGUGAUUCACAAGCUCGUGUUAAACAUAAAGUCAACAGUGAUACUGAUAGUGAACGAACAGAAGUUUCUAUAAAAAGAAAAGUCUGGGAAAGUGAAAAUGAGACUGAAGUUAGCCCUAAAAAAGUAAAGAUUGAUGACUGUAAUAUUGGUAUAUCAUCUAUUUCUGAUUCCCAGUGUUCUAAAAGUCCUGAAUCACUAAAGAGGAAGAGUGCGAGUGAUGAUGCAGAAACUGGUGAUCAGGAAAGUAAUACUGAAAAGAAAAAACCUAAAGUGGAAACAUCAGAGCAGUGAUUUUUGUUGUUGGUGGUACCAGUUCAGAGGAAUUCACACACAUUCCAAGUUAAGUUAGUUUUUCUUUGUUCAUGUGUGUUGUGGAAGAGUUAAUUUAUUUAUGUAUAGGAUUUGUUUGUGUGUUUGAUGCCAGAUGUUAAUACAUUUUGGUGCUUUUUGCACGCACAUUACUAUACAAUCAGAGGUCUUUUUUCCUGUGGAAUAUGUUAACAGUGUCUAAAAGACUCUGGAAUUCUUUCCUUCUCUGUGGGUAAUUGGAAGGGGUUAGCAUGGGAUGGGAAAGUGGAUGAUGUGAAAUAGAGGUGCUGUGGUAUUCACAGGUUUUAUAUGAAAGUAUAUAUAUUAUAUGAACUAUUGAAAUUAUAUAUAAUCCAACAGUAUUUACAUGUCAAGUGAAGAUCUGGCUGAACUAGAACUGUUUUGUAAAAUUGCAAUAAUAAUCAGUUCAACACUCCUUGCCACAGUUUUGCUGUUACGGAAAUUUGGGUUUUGCUCCCACGUCUAGUUUUAUGCAGCAUCCAAGUACAAUGUGUCUAACUUUUUGUAGCAGUCAGUUUUCACAAAGAUUCUGUAUUACAGGUUUCAGGCAUAUUGCAUUUGAACUAUGUGACAUAAUUUAGUCUUCCACUGGCAGAGUUUUUAAUUAUUUUUUAUAUGUUAAUGCAGGUUCCUAAAGUUCCUAUGUCUUCAGUUUUGUAUUUGAAAUAAUAUCAGCCGUGUCGCCUUUGUCACUAGUCAAUCUUCCAUUUGUGAGAUAGACUGAUUUAAUUACUACUUUAAUAUUUUUAUGCAUUGUCCAAACAACAGGUUUUUGAAGCAACUUGUAUUUCUGUCAAUCUCUUCAUUAAAACUUUUCUUGACACAUGUUUAUAUACACACCUCUGCAUUUAUGUAGCAAACGAAAGAACUACCAUUUGUAAUUACUUGAAUUUUCUUUAUUUGCUUCAUAUAUUUUGUUCUUUAUUUGCUAUGUACUGUUAGUUUGUAAUGACUUUGUCUCUUAGUGGAAAGUUUAUAUGUAGUACAAUAACACAUCCUGUGUAAUAUGAUGGACAAUUUUUGUUGUACAGGCUACUUAUGUUCAGACACUUUACAUCUGCUGUGCUGCAGAUAAUUGGUCAGGAUGAAUAAAAUACAUUUUAUACCAA